UGCAGCUUCUGCCAGGAACAAAGAGCCACCAGGAACGGGGACACAAUUCCCGGAGCGGCAGCUCCGCUGGCCGGGCAGGAGUUGCGGGUGUUCAGCGCUGGUUUUUAUCACAUGCUGGGACAGGGAUCACGUGGAGAGGCGGAGAAUCAGCCCUGCAGAGCCCGGCUGGCACCGUGGAGCUGGUGGGGUCUGCGGAGCUUCUGUCCCGAUGGCCUCGGUGAGCCAGGAUCAGAUCCACAAGUUCCACAGGGAUGGCUUCCUCGCCCUGGAGCGCUUUUUCAGCACGGAGGAGUGUGACGGCAUGAGGAGCCGCAUCCAGGGAAUCAUCGAGGGGAUGGAAGUGCCCCCGCACUGCCGCACCGAGUUCUCCACCAGGGAGGAGGAGCAGCUGCAGGCACAGGGGAGCUCAGAUUAUUUCCUAACCAGUGGAGACAAGAUUAGAUUCUUCUUUGAGAAGGGUGUUUUGGACAAGAAAGGGAACUUCCUAAUUCCAAAGGAGAAGUCCAUCAGCAAGAUUGGCCAUGCUUUACAUGCUCACGAUCCUGUCUUCAAGCAAAUCACCCACUCCUCCAAGGUGCAGGAACUGGGAAGAAAACUAGGCCUGGAGAGACCAGUGGUUGUGCAAAGCAUGUAUAUCUUCAAGCAACCUGGCAUUGGUGGUGAAGUGACACCUCACCAGGACGCCACCUUCCUGCACACGGAGCCCCUGGGCAGGAUCCUGGGCUUCUGGAUUGCCCUGGAAGAUGCCACACAGGAGAAUGGCUGCCUGUGGUUCAUCCCUGGCUCUCACACCAAUGGAAUUACCCGGAGGAUGGUUCGUGCACCUUCAGGAGCCUCAACAUGUGUGGAGUUUGUAGGGUCAGAGCCAGCCUAUGAUGACAGUCAGUUCAUCCCUCUGCCCAUAAAAAAAGGUGGGCUCAUCCUCAUCCACGGGGAAGUUGUCCAUAAGAGUGAGCUGAACAGCUCGGGGUCCUCUCGCCACGCCUUCACCUUCCACGUGAUGGAGGCCGAGGGCACCACCUGGAGCCAGGAGAACUGGCUCCAGCCAACUCCUGAGCUGCCCUUUCCGUCCGCUCUACACCUGAAGUCGGUGACUGGCUCUGGAGUCGAUAGCUGAUCAAUAUUCCUGAUUGUUCCUUCACCUUCCCCUUAAACACACCCUUCCCUUGUGGCAGCUCUCAGGGUUAAUUUAUCCUCGGAACAGGGACCUUUGUCCCAGCCCUGCAGGAGCCAGAACCUUCUGCUGCAGCAGGAGCCCUGCAGGGGGAGAGGAGCCACCCAGGCCUUUCAGUAGGGAAACCUCUUCAGUCUUGAGAACAGACCAGUAAAGACCAUGGCACCUUGACUGGGACCAGUUAAGAAGUAUUUCUCCUUGCAGAUUCUUGGUGUUUUCCCCAGUUUAAGAGCUCAGGUGCAUUUCUUGGCUGUGUUGAUUCCAGCAGUGCAGGUGAACGUGUCAUGGGAAGAAGGCUGACUUUCACCCUCCUGUUGUUGGAGUAACAGUGAUUUAAAACCAACCCUCUUGUGGGCAAGAUGAACCAGGAACUCUGCUUUUUUAAUAAUCAAUCUUCUAAGCAUUCCCAGCAAACUGUGGUUGUUGAGUGUUUGAUCCCUGGGUGUGGUAAUUAAAAAAAUAUGACAGUUCUUAAAGAUCCAUGUUGAAAUGAUGGGAGCAAAGAACCUCAAUCAAACUCCUUGCACUUAAUAAAAGAAUAGAAAUUCUC